CAGAAGAGACGUGGCGCCGCAGAGUCCUCUGGGAUGGGAACCACGCCGCUUCCCAGCCUUAGUUCCAGGAGUGAAGCGCGGACCUUUCAACAAGAGCUUUAUUGAUUCUCUUGCUGGGAUCGGGGAACGCGAUGGAGGCGGCCAAUUGCUCUCUGCGGGUGAAAAGACCUCUGCUGGAUCCGCGCUUCGAGGGAUACAAGCUGUCUCUCGAACCGCUGCCCUGCUACCAGCUGGAGCUUGAUGCAGCUGUGGCAGAAGUAAAACUUCGGGAUGACCAGUAUACAUUGGAACACAUGCAUGCUUUUGGGAUGUAUAAUUAUCUGCACUGCGAUGCCUGGUAUCAAGACAGUGUCUACUACAUUGAUAACCUUGGAAGAAUUAUGAACUUAACAGUGAUGCUGGACACUGCCUUAGGAAAACCCCGAGAGGUGUUCCGCCUUCCUACAGAUGUGACAGCAUAUGACAAUCGUCUUUGUGCAUCUAUCCAUUUCACAUCCCCUUCCUGGGUUACCUUGUCAGAUGGAACUGGAAGACUGUAUGUCAUUGGAACAGGUGACCGUGGAAACAGUCCUGAAAAAUGGGAAAUUAUGUUUAAUGAAGAGCUUGGGAAUCCUUUUAUUAUAAUCCACAGUGUCUCAUUGCUGAAAUCUGAAGAGCAUUCAGUGGCUAUCCUGCUUCUUCGAAUAGAGAAGGAGGAACUGGACCUUAAAGGGAGUGGUUUCUCGGUUUCUUUGGAGUGGGUCGUUGUCAGUAAGAAGAGAGAAGAUAGUAAAAAGUAUGAAAUUACAAAGCGUCACGUUCUCCGUGGGAAGUCAGUGCCACAUUAUGCUGCCCUUGAGCCUAACGGAAACGGUCUACUGAUUGUGUCCUACAAGUCCUUCAAGGCUGUCUCUGCAGAUCAGGAAGAGAGUAUGGAUGAAGACAGGCCAGAGAACACCAAAGCAGACCCUCUGUAUUACUGGCAACAAAGUGAGGAUGAUUUGACAGUAACGGUAAAGCUUCCAGAAAGCAGUACUAAAGAAGAUAUUCAAAUACAAUUUUUACCUGAUAAUAUCAACAUUAAGCUGAAGGAUAUCCAGGUUUUGGAAGGAAAACUCUAUUCAUCUAUUGAUCACGAAGGCAGCACAUGGACAAUUAAAGAGAAUGAUAGCCUGGAGAUUUCUUUGAUUAAGAAGAAUGAAGGCCUGACGUGGCCUGAGCUGGUGGUUGGUGACAAACGAGGUGAACUUAUAAGAGACCCUGCCCAGUGUGCUGCAAUAGCAGAACGCUUGAUGCACCUGACCUCUGAUGAGCUGAAUCCAAAUCCAGAUAAGGAAAAGCCUCCAUGUAAUGCUCAAGAAUUAGAAGAAUGCGAUAUUUUCUUUGAAGAGAACUCCAGUUUAUGCAGAUUUGAUGGCAAUACAUUAAAAACAACUCAUGUGGUGAAUCUUGGCAGCAACCAGUACCUGUUCUCAGUCAUCGUGGAUCCUAAAGAAAUGCCGUGCUUCUGUCUGCGCCAUGACGUCGAUGCUCUGCUCUGGCAACCACACUGCAGCAAGCAGGACGACAUGUGGGAGCACGUUGCCACCUUCAAUGCCCUAGGUUAUGUCCAAGCUUCAAAGAGAGACAAGAAAUUUUUUGCGUGUGCUCCAAACUACUCGUAUGCAGCCCUGUGUGAGUGCCUUCGCCGAGUAUUCAUCUACCGGCAGCCCACCCCCAUGUCCACUGUGCUGUACAACAGGAAGGAAGGCAGGCACGUGGGGCAGGUUGCUAAGCAGCAGGUAGCAAGCCUAGAGACCAAUGAUCCGAUUUUAGGCUUUCAGGCAACAAAUGAGAGAUUAUUUGUUCUCACUACCAAAAACCUUUUUUUAAUAAAAGUAAAUACUGAGAAUUAAUUCUCCCAACAUUUGGCUAAGAAGUUUCCAGUGGAACCUGGAGGGCUGAACAGUUGUACUAUAACUUGAUAAGUUUUAGCAUGUUGAAUAAGAAUACCUUUUAUGAAGUUUUAUUUUUAAAGGAUACUGGAAAUGUAUUCUAUAGAUUAUGAAUCUGUAAAAGCUGGUAGGCUAGAUGAAGCAGUUUAGAGAACACUGGCUUCUGUAAAAAUAUGGACAUAUUGGCAAAUAUAGUUAUUUUUUAAAACCUGAGGAUCAAAUCUCAUCUUUUAUAUGGAACAUGUACAAUUCAGUAUUUAAAAAUAAAAAUAUUUAUCAUGUACUCA